CCGCGCGAACCAACCCCCCCCCACCCUUCCCCCUCCCGAACCCAGCCCAACUACGGUUUUAUUCACCAUAAAUGACGUCACGGGGAUCCGGGGGAUCCGGGCAGUGACGCGGUGUGACGUCACGCACUCCCCCCCACCCCCCACCCCGCUCUGCCAUGCGGCGCCGCGCGGGCCUCGAGGGGGACGCGCAGAAGGCUGAGACCAAAGAGGACUUCGUUAAAGUUAGAAGGAGUGAUUUGGAAAGGCUGACAACUGAGGUUAUGCAAUUGCGGGAUUUCUUGCCCAAAAUAUUAAAUGGGGAUAUCUUGUGGACAUUCCAGAAACUGGAUGCUGUUGAAUCAAGCAUGGAGAAAAAGGAGGAGGAACUAGAGCAGUUAAAAAUGGAUUGUGAACACUUCAGAGCCCGCCUGGAAGCAGCCCAGGCAGAUUGCAUAAGAGAGAAGAAGGAGAAACUAGACCUCCGGCAGCACCUGCAUGAGGCUAAGCAGCAGCUCCUGCAGCAAGCAGAGUAUUGCACAGAGAUGGGUGCAGCGGUGUGCACCUUGCUGUGGGGUGUCUCUAGCAACGAGGAAGCUGUUAAAACCAUCCUAGGAGGAAGCAAAGCAGCAAAGUUUUUUACAAUCACUGCACAGACUAUGGAGAGCUUUGUGAAGUCAUUAAGUGAAGACAUGAAACAGCAGGAUUUGGAUUCUGAUGAAAACCAGUUUGUGUUAGCUUUGGCAGGGAUUGUAACAAAUGUGGCUGCGCUGGCAUGUGGCCGUGAGUUCCUGGUUACUUCAAGUCGUGAAUUAUUGGACACAAUGGUGCACCUCCUGGGAGACAUGAAGCCUGGACUCUGUACAAAAUUCAAAGUGCUAAUGCUAAUGUCACUUUACAACGUGAGCAUCAACUUGAAAGGCUUGAAGUACAUCAGUGAAAGUCCAGGUUUUAUUCCUUUGCUGUGGUGGCUAUUGAAUGAGGCUUCAAAUCCCUGCGUAAGAGCCAGCAGAGAUUGACGUUGGUAGCAUGCGUUGGAAUUUGGCUGGCAGCUGCGUGCACAGCUUGUCAGGGACAGUAAGGACAGCAGUGAGGACAGAGUCAUGACACUGCCCUGUCUAUGAACUGCUCCUGGAGUUUGCCCCAUCUUGGGUUUCUGAAGUUUCUCUGGUUUGUCCGUGAGAAGAUUUUGGUGUACAGUUCAUAGGAUCGGAGAGGUUAGUCAUCUUGGCUCUCUACUGCUGUGCAAUACAAGAAGUAAAUACAAAAGGUAGCUGAAGUGGCAGAGGUUGCAUCUGCUUUUUCAAGGAACUAAUUUAAUAUUGAAGUUUUUGAACAGCUUUGACUUGGGCUGGUAAUCUGGAAGCUGCUCACAGUUCUCACAAUUCCCUCAGCUAUUUUAAAGAAAAUGUAGGUACUCAUACUUCUCACUAAACAACUUACUGCUUUGUACUGCCAUAGGCUCACUCUUCUGUGACCUCAGAAAAUUUGGUAAUCCUGGUAACACUGUUGAAAAACACCUGUCUGUUUUACAGUUUUUAAUGUAGUUUGAGAAGAACCACGUUCUCAGAGAGAACUGAGUAUAUCAUCCUUUACUCUGCUAUAUGUAGAAAUUUAACAUACGUUAGUUCAGAUUUUCUUUUACUUUAUGUUCGGCUAAUAUAUACGUAAGCUGUUGCUCUAGUAAAACAAACAACCAAACCAAAACCUCAAAAACCUUGUUAUAUAUGAGUUCCUUGUUAUGAGUUCCCAAGUGUGCCCUUCUAAAUGUUGUGAUAAGACAAGGAAGCUAAUCUUGUUUGAUGCAGUCUAUUGUUUGAAGAAGGCUCUCAGGUCAUAUAACAGGAUGAAACGGGGCACAGUUAUAAAUAAUUUGCAGCUGUUAAUGGCAAUAAGAAAUUGAAAAGCUACUCUAUGUUUUGAAAGUGUUAAUCACGUAUGGCAGGGUGGUGGAAGGAAAAGAUGGGCAUGGCUAAUUCCUUUACUUUUUGAUAAUAAUUUUCUCCCGCUACAGCAAAUGAGUAGGAUUCUCGGAUAAAUUACAUCUGCUGGUUCAGAUUUUUGACUUCAGAGGAAGUCUGCUUACUGUCAAGGGAGAUGGCUGACUAGUUUGUAUAUCAGAUGAGAGGUCAGAUCCAAGACCCAAUCUUGUUCCAGUCACUCUUUGUGAGAUCUCUAUCCCUUUCUCUACAUUUAAUCCAUUUCUAAACUUUUCCAGUAGCUCCCUCCCACACGUGCUCCUCAGCUGUUUCCUUGGCCAGCAUCUUCAGCUUCUGUUCCCCAUGAUUCAGCUUAGAUACAUCUGGAGUCGCUACAGCAUAAGGUCUCACAGUUUUUUCCGUAGGAAAGAGCAGAGCAAUGCACUCUGCUGUCAGGGUAUCCUGUAUAUGCUGCCUUCCUGCAGGAAGCUUUUUCAAAGAGUGUUUUGGUUAAGGCUUAUGAGAUGAUUCAGCUUUCCACGGUUCUCUAAGCUUUUAUCAGCGUUACCACUAAGAGAGGCCCCAGAAAUCAUCCUCUGACUUUUUUAUUUUCAGAGAAUCAUCCUGUUUGCUUUGCUGUCACCAAGCUACAAGUGCCUGUGACCUCAUACUAUACAUCAAGGCCAUUUUUCUCCCAGUUGCUUGUACACAGCUAUUAAAUCCCUCAAUUCUUUCUCAGAAUUUUCAGUCCCUUCCCAAUAUUCUCAUCCCCCGAGGAAGAACGUCCUUCCCAUCCAGUGAAGAAGAGAGCAAAUAAUAAAUAACUUGACUCUCUUUAUUCCCCCUUGCUGUACCUAAAGCAAAGAGGGGUUUGAUUCAGGUUGUCUAGUAGGCUUUUUGAAAUAUGCCUUGACAUUGAAGACACGGUUGGUAAGAGAAAGGAGGUAAACCUGAUUAAGAUUCCUGCUGGAGUAAGAAUGUUAACAGCAAACUGGGUUUGUCUGUCCUGCUGCCUUUAGAAAAUUUGGAUGAGCCAGUCUGUCUUCACAUUCACGAGAAAGAAUUCUUAAUAGCUCCUUCUGCUGGAGGCUAUACUGAAAAUAGGAGAAAAACAAAUGUUUGACACACUUUUUGAAGGUAACGCAGCUCUCUGUAGCCUUAGCACUUUGCCACGUAGGCUAUUCUCCUCCUCCCCCCUUUAUGUACUGAAAGGUGAGCAUCCUUUAAUACACAACAGAGGUCACUGAAGAAAAUAGUCUGGUAGCUAUCUAGCUGUUGUAUAGGUACUGGUGUUGCAUAGGUAUCACCUGUACCUACCUAUACCUUCCCAGCCUGGCACCAGCAUGAAACAUGUGAAUGAAUGAUGACUCAGAUUUCUGUCUGUGGAGCAGCUUGUGGGAUUAGUAGAGUUCUCUUCUUGUGGAGCACCAUUUGUGUGUGGAGCAGCUGUUACUGUCUUGGAGAAAAUAGGCAGCUUUAGUUUUCUCCAUCUCCAUCUGCCAUCCCUGUGUUGGUAUCUUGGCUAAAGGCUUUAUGUAACUUUCAGAUUUAAGGAAGCCCCGUCCUCAGCACUAGAAAAAGAUGUUAUAUAAUUUUCUGUAGAAAUCCACUUGAGAUUUUUCAGUAUUAUUUUCUUCUGGUGCUUUACUUCUAUGGAUGCAAUAAGACUUUCAAUCUGUAGUUCCCCAAGAGGUAGAUUGGGACUUUCCUCUGCCAACGAUCUUUCGAAGAGUAAGAAAAUGCAGUCAGCUCAGGUAUUAAUAGUAAAUACUGUGUUUGUUUUUCAUUUUUGAUCAUACAGAACAUCUACAAACAAAUAUGUAUGGGUAAGAUUUGGUCUGAGCUCUUCUCUGCUUUGUUUUUUAAAUAACCCAUA